AUGGGGAGCGCACACCCCAAGGCAGGCCAGCGGGGCCGGCCCAAGCUGGCCCUGUGCGGCUCCUGCCCCAGGAAGUGGAGCGGCCAGGUCCUGCGUGGGGACGAGCUCCUCACCUCUCGGGUCCUGUCGGCACUGAGGUCGCGCCCCGGCCCCCCACGCUGCCCGGCCCACCUGCUCAGCUCCACCUCGCUCUUUGCCUCUCUCGCAGCGUCGCUCCGAGAGCACCCCCGGACCCCGCUGCUGUCCGAUGCCAGGAAUGUUGGCAUGACGGUGCUGCCGAAGGGGCGACCACAGCCACCCAGCAGCCCGGCAGGAGGAUCGGGGCCGCGACCUGGGGCCGGCACGGGAGAGAUGGAUGAGGCUGACGCCCUCUUCCUCAAGUUCAAGCCGGCUGCUGAUGACUCCCUGUCUCUCACCUCCUCCACCACUGACUCUGUGUUUCUGGAAGAUCCCUACACUGCAACACUAAAGGGUGAGCUCGAAUUAGACACUCACGAGUUUGAGGCCGAGUCCUGGAGCCUGGCGGUGGAGUCGGCCUAUGUCAAGAAGCAGAAGAAGGAGGUGGUGAAGAGGCAGGAUGUGCUGUACGAGUUGAUGCAGACCGAGGCCCACCAUGUGCGCACGCUGAAGAUCCUGCUGGGUGUGUACGGACGUGUCCUGCGGGAGGAGCUGCAGUGGGGCACCCAGGAAGUGCGCCUCCUCUUCCCAGGCGCUGAAGGUCUGCUGGAAGGUCAUAGCCAGUUCCUCGCCCGCCUCAAGGAGCGGCGCCAGGAGUCCCUGGAGGAAGGCAGCGAGCGCAACUACAUCAUCCAAAAAAUUGGGGAUCUCUUGGUCCAGCAGUUUUCCGGUGAAAAUGGGGAGAAGAUGAAGGAGCAGUAUGGGGCCUUUUGCAGUGGCCACAACGAAGCCAUCAGCCAUUAUAAGCUCCUGUUGCAGCAAAACAAGAAGUUCCAGAACUUGAUCAAGAAAAUUGGGAACUUGCCCAUUGUGCGGCGCCUGGGUGUGCAGGAAUGUGUCCUGCUGGUGACGCAGCGUAUCACCAAGUACCCGGUGCUGCUGGAGCGCAUCGUGCAGAACACAGAAGCUGGUUCCGAGGACCACGAGGCCUUGACACAGGCGCUGAGCCUCAUCCGAGACAUCAUCUCACAAGUGGACGCCAAGGUCAGCGAGUCAGAGAGAGGCCAGCGUUUGAGGGAGAUUGUGAGCAAGAUGGAUGUUAAGUCAUCCAGCAAGUUGGAGAACGGCCUGACCUUCCGCCGGGAGGAUGUAUUACGUCGGCAGCUCUACUUGGAGGGUGCUCUGUGCUGGAAGAGCACAUCGGGGCGCUUGAAAGACGUCCUUGCUGUGCUACUCACUGAUGUGCUGCUGCUGCUCCAGGAGAAAGACCAGAAAUACGUCUUCGCAUCCGUGGACUCCAAGCGCCCCGUAGUGUCACUCCAGAAGCUCAUCGUACGGGAGGUGGCGAACGAGGACAAGGCCAUGUUCCUGAUCAGCGCGUCGCUGCAGGGACCUGAGAUGUAUGAGAUGUACACGAGCUCCAAGGAGGAGCGCAGCGCCUGGAUGGACCACAUCCGGCAAGCUGUGGACAGCUGCCCAGCCCAAGAGGAAGGGCUGUUCAGUGAGGCGGAAGCGGAGAGGAAGAUGGUUGAGGCCCGCCAGCUGCGACUCAAGGGCUUCCAAGAGCGGCUGAACAUGAAAGACCAGCAAAUUGCACAGAGCCUCAGCGAGAAGCAGCGCAUUUACCUGGAGAUGGCCGAGAUGCGGGGACUGGACAACGGGGCCCCCACGCCCCUCCUCUUCCGCGGGGGGGACCCCUCCGACAACAUGCAGGGAGAGCUGAUUCUCAAGUCGGCCAUGAGUGAGAUUGAUGACAUCCAGAGCCUCAUCUGCCGCCGGCUGGGCAGUGCCAACGGGCAGGCAGAGGACAGUGGUGGCCCUACUGCCCUGCCCCGGCGGGCAGACACCUUCGGGGGCUAUGACAGCUCCAGCAGCCUCAGCACUGCCGGGGGAAGUUUUAAGAAGAGGAUCUACAACAAUGACUCCAAGCCCCGAGACUGGUCAGGGCCCCCCUCCAGCCCUGACAUGAAGCUCAGCGACACCCCCGAAGCCCCCUCGGAAGCAGUGCCCGAGGGCGAGUCCCAGGGUACGGAGAAUGGCAACCACACGCUACCCACCUUCCUGGAAUCCGAGCUGGUCCGAAGGAUCCAGACACUCUCACAGCUGUUGCUGAGUCUCCAGGCCCUCAUCGCCCAGCAGGACAGCCUGGUGGAGCGGCAGCGGAGCACCCUGGCGGAGCACGAGCGGCUGCUGCGGCUGCAGUCCACACGCGGGAACCUACUGCUGGAACAGGAGCGGCAGCGCAACUUCGAGAAGCAGCGGGAGGAGCUGGCGGGCGUGCAGAAGAUGCAGGGCCAGCUGCGCCAGGAGCAGCAGCGCUGGGAGCGCGAACGCGCACGGCAGCAGCGGGAGCUGGAGCAAGCAGCGGCCCGGCUGGAGCAGCGGGAGCUGGAGGCCCGGCAGCUGCAAGAGGCGCUGGACCGCCAGCGCGAGGAGCUGGAGCAGCAGCGGCAGGCCUACCAGCAGGACCUGGAGCGGCUGCUGCAGGCGCAGCGUGCCGUGGAGCGCGAGCAGAGGAAAGUGGAGCUGCUGGGGCGACUCAAGAAACAGAACACAGUGCCCGGGGCGCUGCCCCAGGAUGUGCUGGCAGAGGCCCACCCGCCCAGCUUCAAUGGGGACGGACUGGAAGGGCCCUUGGCGCCUGCCAAAGUGGGCGGUCCCCGGUCCAGCCUGGUGCUGCUGCCCUCCUCGGGGUCCCUCGAGUAUGCCGAGCGCCCUGAGGUGGCCCGGCGGGACAGCGCCCCUGCCAAGAGCGAUGUGCCCAUCCAGCUGCUGAGCACCACCAACCAGAUCCAGAGACAGGCGGCCGUGCAGCAGCAGAUCCCCACCAAGCUGGCUGCCUGCACCAAGGGGGGCAAGGACAAGGACAAGAGCAAGAACCGGGGCGCCCAGCGAGGGGAGAGCUCAGCCUCCCUGGACCUGAAGCAGCAGCUGCUGCUCACCAAGUUCAUUGGCAAGGAUGAGAGCUCAGCCCGGAACCGCCGCUCCCUGAGCCCCGUCCUGCCAGGCAGCCAGGGCCCCGUGCCGCCCCCAGACCCCGGCCUCCCCACGCCCAGCCCCACCCCAUCUGACCUGUCCCCCGAGUGCUUCUUCAAAGCGGGAGUUCCGCCUGUGCCCCCAAGGCCACCGGCCUCGCCGCCUGAGGACAAGGAGGAAGGCGGCAAAGAAGAUGUCAUCUUCUUCUGAGGGGCCUGGCCUGCGGAGACCCCGCCAUGCCCCCUGGAGAGCCGGUGGGGACUUAAGAGUCAUGGGUUCAGGUUUUGAGGUUCUGAGGACUUUCUAAACCAGAAGGAACCAAAAGGAACGUUCCUAGCGGAAGACUGAACCAGAGCUAACCCAAGAAACUUCUGUAGCUGGGGGGAAAUGACUGCUCCUCCCGUUGCAGGCGCCAUAGUGGGAGACCCCUAGCACAGGCCACAGCCAUUUGGAAGGAGGGCUCCACAUCUGGGAGAUGCUGGAGGCCAGGGUUCUUUGGGUCUGCCUGGCAAAGUGAACAGAAGAACCCCGGGGGUGUCCUGGGGAGGGGCAGGCAGACAGGAUACUCCGGUGCUCU